UCUCGAGCGCAUAGAUUCUGUAGUGCGGUGCGAAUUAAAGUAAAUAUAAGUGCAAAUAUUUAGCAUUCUGGCUAUUAAAAUAGUCUUUUACAUGUAAAAAUUGUAGUGAACACUUAAGCAAAGAAGUGCCUUUGCUGAUUCCAUUUUGCGGAUAAGAAAGGUAAUUAACAAAAAAAUAACUUGGAGGAACAUAAAGCGCAACAAGAAACAGGAAUAAGACGAGCGCCAGCGCCGCGAGCAGCUCACAAAGCUCCAGCGCAUUGGGUAAGCACACACACUCAGUUCCAGCCCAAGCAAUGAGUGCUGCCAAGAAGUACAAGCCUAUGGAUACGACAGAACUGCACGACACUGAGAAUAUAGCCGCCUGCCUUAAAAAGGGCGACAGCAACAGCAAUCUAACGUCAACAAAUCUUGGCCGAAGUGCCUUUGCGGCCCAAAACAUGAAUUCAGCAUCAGCGUCCACAAACGGCGAACGACUGCCAAACUUCUCCAAGAUAGGUGGCGCUGCCCAUCAUGGCAACGAGAUACGUUCGACACCAACUACCUCAAAUCUUCUCAAUCGGAUGGGCGCCAUACACAAUACCAAGCCCGGCGAUGUGAAGAAAAUAGUUAUUAAGAAUUUCAAGGCUAAACCUACACUGCCCGAUAACUAUUCUGAGGAUACUUAUGUAAAGUUAGAGGAGGCUGUUAUAGCCAUACAACAGUCGAAGCCAAUAAAAUAUUCACUGGAGGAACUCUAUCAGGCUGUUGUAAAUAUGUGCAGCCAUAAAAUGGAUGCGCAGUUAUAUACGAAACUCAUGGAGCUGACAGAGCAGCACGUUAAACGUAAUAUAAAAAUGAAAGAACUUACAGGCGGGAGCCUCGACAAACUGAUUUUGUUGGAGAAAAUCAACUACUGGUGGCUCUCGUUUUGCCAGCAAAUGAUCAUGAUACGCAGCAUAUUUUUAUACAUGGAUCGCACCUAUGUGCUUCAAAACUCCUCCAUACACUCAAUAUGGGACAUGGGGCUGGACCUCUUUCGCAUACACUUUGCCCAAAACAGCGUUGUGCAAAAGCGCACCGUCGAGGGCUUGUUAGCGCUCAUUGAGAAGGAGCGUCAGGGAUCUACUGUCGAUCGUGGUCUACUUAAGAGUCUUGUGCGCAUGCUGUGCGACUUACAGAUUUAUAGCAGCGCCUUUGAGGAGAAGUUUCUCGAUGCGACCAACCAACUAUACAAGGCUGAGAGUCAACGCAAAAUGCAGGAAUUGGAGGUGCCUGAGUACUUGCAGCAUGUCAGCAAACGUCUCGCGGAGGAAAAUGAACGCCUAUUGCAUUAUCUAGACUCCAGCACAAAGCAUCCUUUAAUUUAUAAUGUGGAAAAGGAGUUGCUUGCCGAGCACUUAACAACUAUUCUACAGAAGGGCCUCGACCUUCUGCUAGAGGAUAACAGACUGACUGAUCUUUCACUUUUAUAUGCGUUGCUAAGCCGCGUCAAGAAUGGCACAUCCGAGCUCUGUGGCAAUUUCAAUGGUUACAUUAAGAAAAAGGGACGUACUAUUGUAAUUGAUCCCGAGAAGGAUAAGAGCAUGGUACAGGAUCUUUUGGACUUUAAGGACAAAAUGGAUGUUAUUGUGCGCAAUUGCUUUGAACACAAUGAGAAAUUCACAAACUCAUUGCGCGAAGCAUUUGAGUUCUUUAUUAAUCAGCGCGCCAAUAAACCGGCUGAACUUAUUGCUAAAUAUGUAGACAUGAAGCUGCGGUCGGGCAACAAGGGUACCACUGAUGAGGAACUGGAGAAGACGCUGGAUAAGAUUAUGGUGCUGUUUCGAUUUAUACACGGCAAGGAUGUGUUUGAGGCAUUCUAUAAAAAGGAUUUGGCCAAACGCUUGCUAGUGGGCAAGUCCGCCUCCGUAGAUUCGGAGAAGAGCAUGUUGUCAAAACUGAAACAGGAAUGUGGCGGCGGUUUUACUUCAAAGCUCGAGGGCAUGUUCAAGGAUAUGGAGCUAAGUCGCGAUGUGAAUUUAGCUUUUCGUGGACAUACGCUUAGCAAUGAUCGUGAUGUUACCAAUCUCGAUUUAACUGUCAGCAUACUUACCAUGGGCUAUUGGCCAACAUAUGCGCCCACUGAGGUCACAAUGCCGCCGCAGUUUAUCAAUCCACAGCAGAUCUUCAACAAAUUUUACUUGGAGAAGCACAGCGGGCGAAAGCUACAAUGGCAGCCAACUCUGGGAAACUGUGUGCUGCGUGCACAGUUCGAUGCGGGUCCCAAAGAGCUGAUGGUAUCGCUGUUUCAAGCUUUGGUGUUGCUGCUGUUUAACGACAAGCCCACUUUGAGCUAUGAGGAGAUCUUGGCUGCCACCAGUAUUGAGGAUGGCGAGCUGCGUCGCACGCUCCAAUCGCUGGCUUGCGGACGGGCGCGUGUCAUAACAAAAUCUCCCAAGGGGCGUGACAUUGAGGAUCGCGAUCAGUUUGAUUUCAACAAUGAGUUUAUCAACAAAUUGUUCCGCAUUAAAAUCAAUCAAAUUCAGAUGAAGGAAACGAACGAGGAGCAAAAGGCAACCGAGGAGCGCGUUUUCCAGGAUCGUCAGUAUCAAAUUGAUGCGGCCAUAGUGCGUAUUAUGAAAAUGCGCAAGACAUUAAGCCACAAUUUGCUCAUCACUGAGUUGUUCAAUCAGCUAACGUUUCCAGUUAAGCCUGCUGAUCUGAAAAAGCGUAUUGAAUCGCUGAUUGAUCGCGACUACAUGGAACGUGAUAAGGAUAAUCAAAACCAAUACAACUAUGUGGCUUAA